AUGCGCUCGUGGAAAAGUAACCUACAUUGGAGGGAGCGUUGUGUGUUGAGACUGGCCAUAUUUACUCUAGUGGGACAGGCACCAAAUGACGGCAGGGACGCGGACUACGAGUCGGAUGGGGUUAGAUGUUUGUCUGGAAUGAAACAGACGUAUGGAGAAGCAUACAAUGCGUCGUGGGUACAGUGUCAAGUACUGGCCCCGCCACAGCUACAGUUACAACAGGAGGAGGAAGCACCCAAUAUGAUAAUAGGUCACUAUGAUGUGGACCUGGACCGGUACCUAGUAAAUGAGCAGGAUCCAGAAUCCGGUACGUUGGAAGCGUUGGAGGUGGACUGGGAACCGCUUAUGACCGGGGCAAAUCAACAGGGAGUAACCCACAUCAUGAAUGACUUGAAUGUGAAUCAAUUUAUGAUGAAUCAGACGCAAGUAGCAGCAUCGCCCACGGAACACCUCGAGGUAGACAAUGGAGACGAAAGACGGGAGUCCAUUCUUGCCUGGAACCGUACAAGGUCAGGUGACGGGAGUAUGGCGGUACAAGAUCAGGUGACGGGAAUGCACUCACACGCGCCAGAAAUAGCGAAUGCGGGAGCGUCCGAUGUGAUGGAUGACACGAGUCUGCAAUGGUGCGGGUAUCUGAUGAUGAACCACAGAGAAAAAGGACCUGAUGCCACGGUGAACCAGCGGUACCAAAGAGCGGGACCGGUUUUACUCCAACAGUCUCCUGUGGUUCAAGUACUGGCCCCGCCUUCAGAAGUGCAGUCACAGCAGGAGGAGGACGCAUUUGAUAUGAAAGGUCACUAUGAUGUGGACCUGGACCGGUACCUAACGAAUGAGCAGAAUCCAGAAUCCGGUACGUUGGAAGCGUUGGAGGUGGACUGGGAACCGUUUGCAACCGUGACAGAUCAACAAGGCCAGUCAGCGGGCUCUUCUAGUUGGGACGCGGGUGCUGACUCUGCCUUGAAAGCUUUUGUGGGGACUGCGAUACAGGAAUGCGUCAAAGCCGACCAAAGGGCGGCACAGCUGUACGGAAAGGAGUGGAUGCAUCGGGAAGGGAUGAUGUCGGAGGAAGGGAAGCGAGUGGUAGCUGAGUAUGCGGUGAGUGGGAUUAAGAACGUUGCGGCGUUGAAAGAAUGUUGUCGCAAAAACAAGUCAGACUUCAGCCGUUGCGGGUGGCGAUGGCUGCACUUAGCAGGUGUGAUGCAAGAGGAGUUAGGCAUGCCUAAAAUAAUCGACUUGGUGGAUGAAGUCGAGCGAGUGAUCCCGCGGCCAGCCCACGUCUCGCGUCAGUGCUUCCUCGCCAAUAUUCUGCGCUCCGUGCUGGCCCGAGAUCCACUGAACUGCCGUGUCAGGUUGUGGCUUUCUGUCCGCAAUAGCGGCUGGACAUCUUCCACUAACUUGCACUCGAAUAUCUUUCCCCAUGACUUCGGGCCACUGCCCGAAUCACAAGCCUGCCGACGACAAGUGGCGCUCCUCUGCUUUGCCGCACGCUGGCUCAAAAGGGGAGUCCAACACUGGCUCGAAAGUGGAACGAAACAGUUUCGACGGACCAUACAGUUCCGCGUCGUUGACCUCCUUGUCGAAGAACUCGGGGACCGCAGGCUCCGCGAAUUCAUUGCUCUGUUUAGAGCACGCCUCCCCCCCACCGUCCAGGCCUCCGACACUCAGCUAAUGCAAUCCUUGUUCGUGCACUCGAGGAUCACCUGCUCACGAAUCAACGAAUACUUCCGAACUGUUCCAGCAUCCUCAUGA